AAAAGAGCUCAAAAGCGGGAGUAUGCAGUUAAAGGCUAUAAUACACACACACUCACUCUCUGAGUCAGAAACACGCCGAGAGAGCAAAUGACGACGGGAAUGUAGAGGCUUAAGGCUUUGGGUAGUGAUUAGUUUUAGGAACUGUUUGGAGUGGGACACAUAUAUUGCAGAGUUUUCCGGGAAAAUGACGACGGGUAUGGUGCACGACCAGAAACAUAUUGAGAAGCAAAUGGGUUGCAUGGCUGGGUUCCUUCAGAUCUUCGACCGCAACCAGAUUCUCACCGGCAAACGCCUCUACUCCAACAAGCGCCUCCCUCCCUCUUCGGCGGUGGAUUUCACUCCGGAGUCGAAUAACAGCAUGGUCUCUCCGGAUAUGUCCGGUGAAUUGGAGAAGCAGCAGCAAGCGAGAGUAGCACCAUCUCCUGAGAGGCCCAACCAGUCUCAGCUUCCGGAGCUGCGAUCUCCUGCGCCCGAGAUUGCAACUCCAGCCGAUACUCCAACCAAGUCGCCUCUUCCCUUCCCGAUUCUCGAACUAAAAGAAGGCACGAGGUCCUCUUGGAAGUUCUCCAGAGAAGCUCCCAGACUUUCUUUGGACAGCCGAGCUGUUGUUGACGCGAAGGGAAGCUUAAAACCCAGAGAGAUCCGCACAAACGCUGCCUUCUUGUCCUCCAAUAGAUGCGAAGAAGGGGCGGAGGACGGCGAUAAGCAUCGUAAAUCGCCGAGCGUUAUUGCGAGGCUCAUGGGGCUCGAAGCGUUGGCGGACUCCGAUAAUGAACCGGCCAAGAAAGCAGAGCUCCGAAGAUCUGCAUCGGAAUCCAGGGUUUCCAGAGAUCUGUUUCAGCACCGAUUCGUAGAGGGCAGCAACAGCUUCAAUUUCCAGCUCAGGCAAAUUCAGCAACCGAAUUUGCAGAGCGGCAUUUCGAGCAACGUGAUCGAAGAACAUGUAACCAAUGAAAGGUACGGUUUUGCUCAUAGACGGGUCGAUUCGAGGGAAUAUGGCGUUCAGAAUGUGAGAAGUGGAGCGGCCCGACCUGUUCCUAAUAGAGGAAUGGGGCAACGGAAAAGCUUCUUUGAUUCGGAGGACUUCUUUCCGGAGCCAAAACAGGGCGUUUCGAUCUACGGAGAGAUUGAAAAGAGGUUAAAGAUGCGAGGGAUCGAUGAACCAUCUCAAGAUUUUGAGACAUUAAAGCACAUCCUCGAAGCUCUGCAGCUCAAAGGUCUUUUGCGUUCGAAGAAACCUUUGAACCAAAUGAACCACAGGAAUUUCGUUUACGACCAUCGAAGCCUCGAAUCUCCGAUUGUUGUGAUGAAGCCCGCCGCGAGGUCAUCGGCGAACCGACCGGGACGGAACGGGAACGACUCUCCUCCCUCUAGCUUCAGAUCGAAAGCCGGAGUUCGGCGUCACGUUAACGAGACGUUGCCAGCCUUGAGCCCGAGACGCGACAGGCCGGAAAUGGAUCGAAAUGCACGAUAUCAGACGAGGGAGCGAAAUGCGAGUAGCUCACCGACUCGGAUUCAGAGCGAAAACGGCUUGCGAAGCCCGAGCAGAAGAGGAGCUUUGACCGUGGAAACGCGGAGGAAAUUAGGGACUCCGAAUACGAUGGAUUCGGUGGAAAACAGAAGGGUAUCUCCGGUUCGGUCCCCUAAGGCUAGCGCGAGGAGAGUUGGAUCGGAUCAAGCAAUGACGAACCGAUCACCGAGGAUGAAGAAACCGACGGCCGAGAUUUAUCCAAAGGAGGAGAAGGUGUUUACUCCGGCAGAGGAGGAAUCAUCAUCGACCACCGUAACGUCGGAGAGCAGUAUCAGCACUUGCUCACACACCGAUACAGAGAGGGGAAAGGCAGAGGAUUACAGGGAGGGCAGGAGCUUAUUAGAGAGAUGCGAUAAGCUGCUUCACAGUAUAGCGGAGAUCACUGCGACCGAGCUGCAACCGAGUCCCGUAUCGGUGCUUGACUCGUCGUUUUACAAGGACGAGUCGUCGCCUUCCCCGAUACUGAAACGGAGGAGCAUUGAAUUUCAAGAUCAACCCAUUGAAUUGGAGGAUGAUGUUUGGAGCCUUCCGACAUCAUGGUUGGAAUUGAACUCGGAAGACAAACCGGGUAAUGGUGAUUUUGUGUACGUAUCUGAGAUCGUCCGAGCUUCGAGUUGUUUACCGGAGGACACCGAUAUCUUCCAGUUACUAGAGAAGCAGCAGUACCUCAAACGGAAGGACACAUCCAAGGUUUCGAGACUCCGGAGAAGGCUUAUUUUCGAUACCAUCAACGAAAUCCUCGAUCGUAACAGACAAUUACCGCCUUGGAAGUCGAAUUCCUGGGCGAACUGUUCCAUUUCGUUGAGGCAAGUAUGGUCCGAAUUCCGGAGGAUUCGGGAGAUCGGGGAUGCAUCGGAGGACUUGUUCGAGGUGAUUUGCGGCGUGCUGAGGAAGGAUUUUAUGGUGGAUGGCAGCAGUGGAUGGGUGGAUCGCCCGAUCGAGAUGUCAGAAUCCGUUUUGGACGUCGAACGGCUGAUAUUCAAGGAUUUGAUCGGCGAGACCAUCCGGGAUCUCGCUGCUUUUUCCGGGAAUUGCGAUAACGUGGAGGCGCCGCGAAGGAGGUUGGUGUUUUGAAACGUGCGAGGGAACGUAUAGUAGCGCUGUACGGGUUAUUGCUUUUGGCGCGCGCGGUUAUGCUAGGCGACGUCGUCUCUCUCUGUGUGACUUUGGUUUACUAUAUUGUUCCUUUUUUGAAGCCUUUGAUAUUAUAAUUUUAGUAUGACCCGUGUCUUAUUGGUUUCAAAAGUUGUGGAAAAUGUUAAUAUCUAAGUGCUCCUGAAGUGCAGGCAAAAAUCUAACCAGUCACUCUUGCAAUACGUAAAAAAGCCAAAAAAAAAAAAAAAAAAAAAAAGUGGGUUUUUAUUAUCA